AUGGUACACGAUAGUAGCAGUAAUAGUGUGCGUGCGAGGCUCACGAAUGCGGUGCUGGAUAUGCACUUGCACUGCAUAGGCCUGAAGUUACAGGAUAUCAGGCUGCGAUCGUACGUGAAGGUGCUGUUCCGCCACCUGCUGGCUCUGACGAAGUCCCCACUGUCGCAUCCUAGGCAUAAACGGCGCGCGCAGAUCAUACUGCUGUCGCUGGUGUUUACGGCACUGACAACCGUCUCCGGGGUCUCGUAUGCCGGCUGGAACAUAUUCAACAGACUUUACUCCUUCUACAAAUAUUCUUGGAGGCGUGGCGGGCCCUUUUUGCUGCGCAGAACGAGAUCUCAACUGCAACUGGUCACGGGUGCACGGAUAAUGUAUAUAAAGGAGGGCGAGGAUGCAGUACAGUCAGCCUCACACGGGGUUGAAGAGAAUAAUGGCGAGACAAAGAGAAAGAAAAUUUUCAUCCCCCCCAAGGACGAGGAUCUGUACGAGCAUGAUAAGUUCCUGUUCAAGAAUGCGGAGACGGAGAGGGGGAAAUUGUCCACGAUUUUCUACUCCAAGUUUUUGAACCAAAUGAGCGUCUUAUCCAAGAUCCUGAUUCCGUCCAUGUUUGACAAAAAUGCACUCCUACUGACGCUGCAGAUCUUCUUCCUCGUGAUGAGAACGUGGUUGUCUCUUUUCGUGGCGCGUCUCGAUGGGCAAAUAGUGAAGGAUAUAAUCGCGGGGAAGCGAAGAAAGUUCUUGAUCGACUUGGUUAUAUGGUUUCUGAUCGCGUUGCCCGCAUCUUAUACUAACAGUGCGAUUAAGUUUUUGCAACGGAAACUCAGUUUGAAUUUCAGAGUGAACUUGACCAGAUACAUCCACGACAUGUACCUGGACAAGAGAUUGGCAUUUUACAAAGUGACCUUCGAUUCAAAGGCUACCAGUUCUGUCAUCAAGAAUAUUGACAACUCAAUAACGAACGAUAUCACAAGGUUUAGUGAUGCUACAUGCUCUGUAUUUGCCAAUAUCGCCAAACCCGUGAUAGACUUGAUAUUCUUCUCCGUCUACCUAAGAGAUAAUCUGGGGACCUUUGGUGUGUCCGGGAUCUUUAUUAACUAUUUCAUCACUGGAUAUAUCCUGAAAUCUUACACACCACCUCUCGGGAAGCUGUCGAGUGCCAGUUCAGCAGCAGAUGGAAACUACUACAAUUACCAUUUGAACAUGAUCAACAAUAACGAGGAAAUCUCAUUCUACCAGGGGACAGAGGUGGAGAAGAAGAAAGUGUUCCAAUUGUACGAUACUUUGAUGGACAGGAUGCUUAACAUAAGCAAGAAAAAAUUCAACUAUACCAUGAUAGAAGAUUACAUUUUGAAAUAUACCUGGUCUGGACUAGGGUACGUCUUUGCAUCCAUCCCUAUCGUGUUUUCAACAGGAUCGUCGAACGAGGGCAGAGAGCAGAACAAUAUGAAGGAUUUCAUAGUUAACAAAAGAUUAAUGCUGUCAUUGGCUGAUGCUGGCUCCAGAUUAAUGCAUUCCAUGAAGGAUAUUUCUCAACUCACAGGUUAUACCAACAGGAUUUUCAACCUGCUCUGCAUCUUGCAUCGGGUUCAUUCCGUCGACUUUAACUAUGGAGCUGCCACAAAAUUGAUGGAUGAUCCAGCAGAUACUAAUGCCACUAGCAGACACUUGUUGAGCAAGAUGAAAAGCCCAGAGAAAGAGGAGGUCAUUAGUGGUACUGUUCAAAGAAAGUUCAGGGGUAUUAGGCUGGAAAACAUCGACAUUAUGAUUCCAUCCGUUAGAGGCAAGAGCGGAAUAAAACUGAUCAAGAAACUGACUUUCCAGAUCCCACCGCACCUUGACCAGCUUUCAUCCAAAACAAGCUCUCUACAAGACAUAACGUCUAUGUCUAACAUACCUUUACCCUUCUUAAGUGGUCAAGCUUCCAGUCUAUUAAUCCUGGGACCCAACGGCUGCGGUAAAAGCUCGAUCCAAAGGAUUAUUGCCGAAAUCUGGCCAAUCUACAACAAGAAUGGGCUCCUAUCAAAACCAGAUAGUAGUUCACUGCUGUGUAUCCCACAAAAACCCUAUUUCACAAGAGGAGGUACAUUUAGAGACCAAAUAAUAUACCCGAUGUCUUCUGAUGAAUUCUUCGAUAACGGGUUCAAGGAUAAAGUGCUAGUUUGGAUCUUAUCGGAGGUGCAUCUAGAUUAUUUACUAAAGAGGGCUCCUGGUUGGUCCUAUCUGGAUGAGGUCACUGAAUGGAAAGAUGUUUUGAGUGGUGGGGAAAAACAGAGGAUGAAUUUUGCCAGGAUAUUGUUCCACAAGCCGAAAUUCAUCGUUCUUGAUGAGGCAACCAACGCUAUAAGUGCCGAUAUGGAGGAUUACUUGUUCAACAUGCUAAAGAAAUUCCGUUUCAGUUUUAUUACCAUCUCUCAGCGUCCAUCUCUAAUCAAGUAUCACGACAUGCUGCUGGAAAUAGCAGAUAGGGACGGGAAGUGGCAACUGCAAACUCUGGGGACCGAUGAGGCCAUCACCACUAUUGACCACGAAAUUGAAGAGUUACAGAUAAAGUUGCAAAAGGUAGAAGAAUGGAAGAAACAGCGGGACGAAUUACAACAGAAAUUGACUAUUUUGUGA